UUGGUUCAUCGCCCCGCCCGUCCUCUUCGAUACCUUAACCGACCCCUUCUCCUCCUCUUCUGCUUCCUCGUCUCCCUUCUUCCUCUUCUCGCCAAUCUCACCUGAUCGAAACCCUAACCAUUUUGAUCAUCUCCAAUUUCUCGCCCUCCCCCAUCGCCAUGAGAAGGAGAUCGAUCCAGUCCACUUCUGCCGCAUCUUCAUCUUCCCGCCACUUCGAUCCUCCCACAAACCCGCACCCCCGCCGAACCCUAGAUUGGGUUCCGAUCAUAUGGCACCGAAUUCGCGCACUCCUUCAAGUCCUGGUGGCGGUGGUGCUAAGAAAGUUUUGGGGCUCUGUCCCGAGCCGCCCCGGAUCAACUUCGAACCGCGAGUCCGCCGAAGAUGAUCACAACAACACAUCCAUGGGUGAUCUCGAUCGUCUGCCCACCGAUGUCUUCGUGCAGGUACUGAAGCUCCUCGGGCCGAAGGAGGCCGCCAGGUCGGGCCUCGUGUGCAAGUCGUGGAAGGUUUUGGUGUCGGACAAUAGGCUCUGGGUCUUCUUCCUAACGCAUGGGAAGCAUCCAUUCGACACCGUGCUAUUUGCCGAGACGCACUUGAGAUCAGGGCCGAUGUUGUACUUUGAUCACUCGCAGCAAAUAUCCUUCAUGCACAUCUUUGCAGAACGUGCCAUAGUUCCAGGUGCCAUUAUUGUUGAUGGUGGAUCUGGUUAUUGCAAAUAUGGUUGGAGCAAAUAUGCUGCUCCAUCUGGACGUUGUGCAACAUUUUUGGAAUUUGGCAACCUGGAGUCUCCAGUGCAUUCAAGGCUUCACCAUUUCUUCUCGACAAUCUACAGCAGGAUGCAGGUGAGGGCAUCAUCUCAUCCAAUAAUUGUCUCUGUUCCAAUCUGCUACCCUGAGGAUACUGAAGCUGCCAGAGCAUCUAGGAGGCAAUUGAGAGAGGCAAUAUACUCGGUCCUGUUUGAUAUGAAUGCUCCAGCAGUUUGUGCCAUUGAUCAAGCUGUUUUAGCUUUAUAUGCAGCGAGACGGACUUCUGGAAUUGUUGUUAAUAUCGGUUUCAAUGUCACCUCAGUAGUCCCAAUUCUUAGAGGCAAGGUGAUGCAUGAAGUGGGAAUUGAAGUGUUGGCAUUAGGUGCUCUAAAACUUACUGGAUUUCUCAAGGAACUAAUGCAGCAGAGAAAUAUAAAUUUUCAGUCUCUAUAUACUGUUCGAACAAUCAAGGAGAAACUGUGCUAUGUGGCCUCUGAUUAUGAUGCAGAGUUGCAUAAAGAUACCAAACAAUCAUGUGAAGUUGCAAGUGAGGGUUUGUUCACCCUAUCAAAAGAAUGCUUCCAAACCGGAGAGAUUCUUUUUCAGCCACAUAUUGGGGGACUGCAUUCAAUGGGUUUGCAUCAAGCUGUAGCUUUGUGUAUGAACCACUGCUUAGCUGCUGAAGUUGCGACUAAUGAUGGAUGGUUUAAAACCGUCGUUUUGGCUGGUGGAACAUCAUGCUUACCAGGAUUGCCCGAGAGGUUGGAGAAAGAGCUCCACAAACUUCUUCCACCAUUAAUUUCUGAAGGAAUAAAAGUAAUUCCUCCACCAUAUGGCACUGAUUCUGCCUGGUUUGGAGCAAAGAUCAUCAGCAAUAUCAGAACAAUGAACACAAGCACAACCCCCUUGCGUGCAAAACUAAAUUUGGGUGCUUAAUGCACAAAAGAUAAUCUCGAAAAUCAAUGAAUAGCUAUUUGAACACCUGAUACAUGCAAGCAGGGCAACGAUCAUUUGAAAUAAUCCAUGGCAAGUUAUCUAAGGUAGAAUUUCAAGCUAAUCUGUGUAUUUUGCAAAAUGGACUGCACAUCCAGUUUCUUAUAGUUGUAUCACUCACCUGGCAAAUGUCUAAUGGAGAGCAGGAAAUUACAGCAGGAGAGCUGAAAAAGACUGAUCCCUAUGGAAUUAAGAGAGCAACACACAUCACCAAGAUAUCACAGCUCUCUGGAAUUUUUGGCGGUUGCAGCUGGUUAGUCAAAUUUUUUUGUCAAGGCUGAAAUGGAGUAAGAAUGAUGCCACAGAUAAAGGAUCUAUUUGCCCUUAGUAAGUAGUUUGAUAAGGUUUCUGAAAAGGAGAGUUUAUACAGGAUGCGAGGGGAAUUGGGAGUGAGUUUCCCGGCACCUGAAUCCCAAGCGUGACCAUAUUAAGUUGGAUCAUUUGAUGCUUUCAGCCUAACAUCAUGUAAAAUCCGGUUGGGACAUACUGACUUCAAUGGGAUUUGUCAAUUUGCCCAGCACCUCCAUCCCAGGUCCAGCUAGAUUUUGUCAUUUUCCCUGGCUGGAGUUUAUAAAAAUCAACUUAAACUCAUCUAGUUUGGGCUCAUGUUGCAGCCUGGCCUAGUUGCACCGUAAUCAGAACUAUUAGCAGUAGUUGCAUCUUAGUCGCAUUAUUUAAAGCUAAUGACUAACAAUAACACUAGCAUCCUACAUGAAACAAAAAUGUAUUUCUGCACACUUCUGUUCUUUUGUUGACUACACGUAUUGCCUAUUUUCAUUCUGCAAGUUUCCUUGCGGAUAUUUUGCAUUAGCAUAUAUCUUCUCGAACUGGUUAUUGACUACUGAUAUUGCCUU